UUCCCGCCUAUACUUCCUGCCUGGCCAAUCAGCGUUUUAUUAAAAUACAUGAUUGACAGAAUACAGAUAAUUCUCCCACACCACAUGUUUGUGCGCCAUGUGUAUGCCUAAUGUCUGUGGAGGCCAGAAGAGGUUAUGGAUCUCCCUGUACUAGAAUUCCAACCUGGUUCUGAGAGUCUGGGUCCUCUGAAAGAGCAGUAAGUACUCUUAUUCAUUGAAUUGACUCUCCAACUUCUUCCUUUUGGGUUUUUGUGGGGUUUGUUUUUAAUGGAGGGUAGGAUUGGAAAAUAAAGACUAAACUAAGAUUAUCACUAAUAACAUGAUACUGCUUUUAGGUCACCAUGAUGACAGAAGUGAAGAAAUACUUUCUAAAGACUAUAGCUUUAUAGUAAUCUUUUUAGUUUAGUCUAAUUGGGUUGAAGUAGUAAGAUAUUUUACGUGAACUUUCAAAAUCAUUGUUUAUGUGCAUAAACCUAUACAUCCAGUAAUUUAAGUAACAAAACAGUGUCCUUACUCCAUACCAAACAGUGUCUAUUUAGAAGUUAAUUUAUUUCCUCUGAUGUUGAAUUUCAUGUGUUCUUUGGUCCUAGACAGAUGACUAACAGGUACAAAGUGUCUCAUAUCAGACCCCCUUUGAUGCCUUGAGUCAGUGUGUAGUCUGUGGUGAUAUUUCCUGCAUUACAUUAUAGCUUGUGAUCAAAUAUUCAGAAAUUUAUUUGGAAGCCACCUGUAUAGCCUGUAUGUAUCUUGGGAUUUUUGUUGCUCAAUGAGAAUGGGGGCAUGGAGAAUUUAAUAGAAGUCACAGCUCUGUGUAUUUCGUCUUCAGUAUGUGCAGUAAAAGAACAGAAUAGGGUGAUCAGCAAGUAGUAAAAUGCUGAAGCUCCCUGAUUUAUAUGACAUUAUUACCGUCAGAUUAAUUGGUGAUUGAAGUGGCUCAGCUGAUGCUAAUAUUAACUAUGAUGAUUAACCGUGAUUAGCAGUGUGAUUUGAUUGAGAGAUGCCUGGGAGAGAUUAACAAAGCACACCUGAAUGUGUCUGUGAGGCGGUGCCCAGGGACAGUUAAACCAGCAGGGCUUCACCCUAACAGUGGAGGUGGAAAUUGAAGAAGGAAGCUGGUGAGAAUAUACUUUUGACAUCAUGGAUCGAUUUGGAGAUAUAUCAGAAGGUGAAGUGGACCAUUCUUUCUUUGACAGUGAUUUUGAAGAUGCAAAAAAGUGUGACAAUAAUUUAGUUUUUGACAAGCAAAAUGAUGACCUUAAGGAAAGAAUAGAUAAGGACACCAAAAAUGUAAACUUGAAAUUUGAAAUGCAAAAUGAUGACCUUAAAGAGAGAAUAGAUAAUGAUACAGAAAAUGUGAACUUGGACCUUGGAAUCCAAACAAAAGAAAAUUAUCUUACUCAGAAAGGAAAUGAAAGAAAUGCAAAAGUUUCCUCAAAGGAAUACCAUGUAGAAAAUGAUCCUACACAAUCAAGAAGUUCCUCGUUGUCAACCGCUUCUUCAAGAUCAAAAAAAUCGUGUGAUGAUGCAAAAGGACAUAAAUUACCCUUGCCUGUUGCAAAUAGAAUUCCUAAAAUUGUAAAAGGUGAGGAUGAUUACUACACAGAUGGAGAGGAAAGCAGUGACGAUGGGAAAAAAUUCAAUGUGAGGGCCAAGUCAGCUAAGCCCUCUAACAACUUCAAAAAAAACGCAAAUAAAAAGUAUUCCAAAAUCAGUUCCUCCUCUUCUUUGUCUUCCUCAUCUUCAAGGUCAAGUUCAGACUGCUCAGAUACAGGAUCCGAAACCCAUAAAUCUGAUUCACGCUCAUCAUCAAGGAAACAUGCUUCUGCUGUAACCCUCUCAUUACCAAAAGAGAGGUGUAAAUCAGGAAGAAAAUCAACGAGUAUACAGCCUGCAAGUGCUAAACCAAAAGCUGGUAACUACAAUGAGGAAUCAGAGGAUGUUGUAACAGACGUAACUCCUUUGUCAACUCCAGACAUCAGCCCUGGCCAGUCGUUUGAACUGGGCCCAUCACAUGAUCAGAAAGUAAAAGUUAAAAGGCAAGAAAAUGUGAGCCGGGAUGUGUAUGAGAAUGUGGAGGCUUUAAAACAUGAGCCUAGACCUCUGAAAUCAGCCAGAAGGAAAGAAAAGCACGGGCAGAAUUUUGCUCCAAAAUCAUCAGUGUUGGAUGCAAAUCUAGACCAUAGAUCCAAACAGAAAGUCUUACAUGACACCAUGGACCUUAAUCAUCUGCUGAAAGGCAGAGGACGUAGCUCAGUAGUACCGUGCUUGACUAGAAUGGACAAGACCCCGGGUUCAGUUCCCACCACCACCCAACAAAAUUCAUUUGCUUUUCUGCAGUUAGAUAAAAAGGGACCACAAAAACAUCACUUUGAGCAGCCUUCUGUAAUGCCUAGGAAAAACUACUCUUUCACAAGAGAAGAGGUGAGACAGAUUGAUCGGGAAAAUCAGAGGCUUUUGAAAGAACUGUCAAGACAGGCUGAAAAACCAGGAAGCAAAAGUACAAUUCCCGGAAGAUCGAUCGGCCCUCCCCCUAAGUUAUAUCAUAGUGCUCUCAACAGACAGAGGGAACAACAAAGGAUUGAACGAGAAAAUUUGGCUUUAUUGAAACGGCUUGAAGCUGUAAAACCGACAGUUGGCAUGAAGCGCUCUGAACAGCUGAUGGACUAUCAUCGAAAUAUGGGUUAUCUCAACCCUUCAACAUCCAUUAGACGAGUGAGAUCUACUCUUGGCCAUUAUAGCCCACUGAGAGGAGCUUCCAGGACAUCCAGUGCAACCAGUGGUUUCAGCUGUAAGACUGAUCGGUCAGUGUUGGACGCAUCCAGUGGCUUUUUGCUAAGACCGAAACCCCCGAAUGUUCGUACUGCUUGGUUGUAAAACCUUUUUUUAUGGUAUACAUUGUUCAUCUUAUUUUAACAAUGUAUUUUUAUGUAUUACUGUAACUUUGUAAACAUCUGUAAUACUUUUUUCAACAAUUUGUACAAUAAUGAGUAUAAUUUAUUGUUAUUCAGUGCAAAAUUGUUACCAAAACACACUUUCAUGUAAAAAUCAGUGUUUCGUAUGGUGGCAUGUGUAUAGGAGCUCUGUGUGCUUAACAGAGAGCGGUGUUGUGCAUGGCUCUUUCUCUGUGGAAAUUCACUAGUGAUGCUGACAGACGGGGAUGAUCCCUGUGGAGCCAGGACACUCACUCUGCUCUUACUCUGUCGUUUUCAGUUAUUGUAAGCGUGAAUGUGUGCGCCUCAUGCUUCUGUGUCUUAGAGUGCCUGCCACGUGAGCCAUCACUUGUUAUGUGAUUGUUACACUCCUUAUGACAUUUGUUUUCAUGGACGAGCUGAUUUCAAUUUGAUGAGGAGGGUGAGCAGUGUGUACUGGUGCAAUUCCUGAUUCACCAAAGGUUCCUCUCUGUAAGAGUUUGAUUAGCCACUCCAAACCAUGUCGCACUGGCGCACACUGAAGAGUAGGGGCUUUAGAAGCUCCUGUCGUGUGUUUUUAUGCAGUCAGGUAGAAUACUCAAGGAUUCUGAGGAAAGAGGUGGCUUUAACAGCCUACUGUAAUCUUGUGGCUGGUUUGUAGCUAGAUCAUUUGCAUCAUAAACAAAAACAAAUAUUUGUUGGAUCAGUGAGCAAUAUUCCCAGCUUGAAGAACCAAGAAGCAGCCCCCAGGGUAUGUUAGCAAGUGUCUGAAAUGAUACUGUUAGUGUGUGCUGUCAUUGUGCACUUGCUGUAUUAAUAGAAGGUUAGAGUCCGGAAGAAAAACCGGACUUUAGAAAAACCAGUUAUAAACAAGAAAAACUAAUAGCACAUUUCUUACAGCUACUGCCUUAAACAUUUGUGAAAUUUUUGGUUUGGUUUGGCUAAAUCCUAGAAGCACCAUUUUUACUAGUCUUACAUCUGAAGGCCUAUUUAUCCUGAUGGAAUUGCUAGUGACACAGGACACAUAGGUGCAAUGUAGUUGACUAUGAAAACUGAAAUAUGUUUGUGUCAGCCUGUAGACUGUUACUUUAUGAACAAAGUGUAAAUAAGUUUCAUAGUCAGUGACACGUUUUUCUUGAAAUAGGAAUUAUCCCCAGCCACAGUGAGCUCUGUCUGAUUCCAGUGCUCCUGCAGUGUAGCGUGUCUGCCACACCUGUGUCACCCUUAUUAGCACGAAGGCCGCCUGCACUUUACCAAUGCCAGGACAUCCGUUAUUGGUCUUAGUUUAAUAGGUUGUGUUUUAGAUAGAGCAGCAAAGGUUGGGAAUGAUGAGGCUAAAAAGAUUGCUGAGCACAUGCACCACACACAUAUGGUAGAUGUGCAUACACCACACACAUACACAAACACACACAUACAUAUGGUAGAUGUGCAUACACCACACACACAUAUGGUAAAUGUGCAUAUACCACACACAUACACAAACACACACAUACAUAUGGAAGAUGUACAUACACCAUGCACAUACACAAACACAUAGAUACAUAUGGUAGAUGUGCACACACCACGCACAUACACAAACAUAGAUACAUAUGGUAGAUGUGCAUACACCACGCACAUACACCACACACACAGUGGAUGGAACGCAGCAUGACUGAAGGUUUCUCUGCUGCUCCCUGGGGACUGUAACAUUAUUUGAGAUUUGUCUCUUUGUUCUAGUAAACAGGAUUUUAUAGCUGCUUUAUAUAACCUUCAGCUAUAUAAACAAAGGUUUUAUUUUUGUCUGAAUUUUUUAACUUUUAAAGUUAGUGUGACAACGAAGUGCAGCAUUUUGGCAUUUGCCCAAUAGUGAGUCAGUCACAUUUUACAAUGUAAGUUUGAGGGGAAAAAUGUGUAUAUAUAUAUAAAACAUUUUAUGUUCCCAGUGGCAUAGCCUGUGAGUACAUUUUAUUUGGUCUCUCCAAGUUCCAUAGAUAAAGCUGUACUUUGAUUUUAAAUGCUAAUUUAUGCCUUAGUUUUUACUAUUAGAAAGAAGUUUGUCUAAGUAUUAACUGAUAACAGGGAUUCAAACAAAGGGCAGCCAUCUUUUAAAAACAGUUCACAGUGUUGUAGAUGCUACAUGAUGACGAUGGGUGGCUGGGCAGGAACUACAAACAGAAUUCUCUGAUGUGAGCUAAAGUGAGGAGGCAUUUGUAGCGGAGGUGUCAUCAGUACAUGAGUCUCUCCAACUUCCCCAGCACAACAAACACCUGUGUGGAGGGCUGUGGUGCAGGUGCUGACUUGUCCUUUCUGAAGCUCCGCACCUGCAGCUAGAAAGCAUGCUGGUCCGUGGCUAGUGGCCAGACCUCACUGAGAACUGUUCUCAUCUCCGUCAGAUGUCAUUACCUCCUUUUCUAGUAAGAGUUGGUAAAAAAUUCCAAACUAUUAAAAUUAUUUCUUAAGAAGUAGCUCCUACCUCUUCCCCAGUUUUCUCAGUCUCCAUUAAAAACUGCUCUCAAUAGCUAUUCCACUUAACCUGUGUGCUUUGCCUGUAAAAUAAAGUCCUGCAGCUGUGUUCCACCCAAGCCUCAAAACGGAUGGCGCAGCUUUGGAAGGCGACUGUCUAGGUCUGCUUCUCACCUCCAGAUGGAUGCAGCAGCUCCAGAGUAUUAAGGCUGAUGUAGAGCUGAAGAUGAAACUUUACCUUAGUUAGCGAUCAAACACUGUGUCAUCUUAAUAUAAGUGACUGUAUACCGUCAUAGAGUGUGCUCACUGCUAAUGGCCAGAUUGCUUAUGUUCAUGAAUAAAAAUUAGCAAGAAACUUUUAAACCA